AUGAUUUUUCAAAUAAUUCUUAUUUUUUAUAUUUUUCAAAAUAUUAAUUGUGAAAAUGUUUAUUGUACUUAUUAUCGUGAGACAGAUGAAAUAACUUGUGGUCAAGUUACAUGUUCAACACAUAUUCCACCUUCAAAACCAGAUGAAGAAACUGGAUUAGAUCCAAAAUUACCAAGAGGGUGGUAUAGGAUUGGAGUUAUGCAAAUAAGGCAUGAUACAGGGUGGUUUAAUUUAUAUAGAAGAAAAGCUACUGGCAACGGAUAUUGGGAUUUUUAUACAAACAUACCUGAAAGAAAUUGUGUUGGUGGAUUCGGGUUACAUGCUGGUGAAAAUAUAGAUGGAUCUGUGUCCGUUAAAGAUAAAAAAUGUUUUGACAGACUUGUAAAUCAAAUAGAACGUAAAUCAACAUCAGAAAAGAUGGAUGUAUUACAAUGUAGAAAGUGUAUUUAUAAUAGUUGUUGGUUGGGAACAAGAACUCUCCAUGAUCAAAGAGUGUAUUUAACAAAUUUAAGAUCAUACUAA